AUGUCUACUCCUGGAGCGUGCUGUGGUGGCUGCGGCUGUGGUAACAAGGCACCGGUGGCUGCAAACCCUAGUGGUGGCUGCUGUGACAAUGGUGGGUGCAAAUGUGGGCCUAGCUGCAAGUGCAAGCCUGGGAAUCCGUCUGCUGACUGCAAGUGCGGGCCGAAUUGCCCGUGUGCUAAGGCUGACUAG